GAGCCGUCAGUUUACGGUCGUGUUGUGGUCCACCGUAAAGCGAAACGCGUGGAGUCGGAAGAAGGUUAAAGUGAACUCAACAAAACACGCAUCAUGCCGUUUUUGGACCUGAAGUCACGGCUUGGUGUCGGCCUUGACCGCUGGCUGCUGCUGCAGAGUGGAGAGCAGCCCAACAAGAGGGCGGCGCGCUGCCAUGCCUUUGAGAAGGAGUGGGUUGAAUGUUCCCACGGCAUAGGGAAGACCCGUGCCACGAAGGAGUGCCAGCUUGAGUUUGAGGAUUUCUAUGAGUGCAUGCACAGGCAGAAGACGCGCGCAAGGCUGUAUGCGAUCCGUCAGCAGCGUGACAAGAUGGUGAAGGAGGGGACCUACACCCCACCACCCAGCCUCUCCGGUCAGGCAGACUAGAUGCCAUGAGGGAACACACACCUCUCCACAGUCCUAUUCUUGUUUAUAGUAAAUUAGAUAUCACUCUUCCUGUGCGCUUGUACAAAUUUGCAAAUAAAUGUUACCAUCCACUA